UUUGUUCUUCUUCUUUCUCUCUCUCUUCUCCAUGAGCCACGAAGAAGACGACGAUUGGGUACAAGCUGCCAUGGAAGACGACUCUAUGGUUGCAGAAGUUCUUAUGACUAUGAGAUACGCCGCCGUCAUUCCGAUUAAUUCGGAACAGGACCGUUCUUUGUUGCAAUCUUUUCCGACUGAUUGGCGCGUGCGACAGCGUCGUACCAAACCGUCCACUGAUUCGAAGAAGAGAUCAACGUCGACGGUUAGUCCUUCCACGCCUCUUUCCUGGAGCGGAGGAUCCGCCGCCGCCGCCGCCGCCGAUGGAUUCGAGGAGGAGUCUAGUCGGCCGCCAGAUUCGGCUAGAUCUAAGGUUAGUAUAGGAGUGGGAACAUCAACAACAACUACAACAAAAAAGAUUAGAAAGAAAAGGAAUGUGACUGAGCUUAAGGAGGAGGAGGUGUUGCUGAUAAGUCAAAAAACACAUUUGACAAAAGAAUUAGCUGCAGUAAAUGUGAAUUUGGAGAACCAGAGAGCAACAAAUCAAGACUUGAAGAGAUUAAAGGUUGAUUUUGAUGGAGAUGGAGAAGGAGAAGGAGAUACUGGUCGUAGGUUUCUACUUCCUGACCUAAAUUUACCUUAUGAAGAUAAUUCCAUGUGAAGAAGAAGAUGAUGAAGAAGAAGAAAUCUAGGCUAAUUUGGUUUUGUUCUGUAAUUAGUUUCUGAGGAAUGAAACUUUAGCCUUCACAACACCAAUUAGAGAAGGUUUUUUGAAAUUCUAUUUUUUUGUUGCGAUUCAUCCAUCCUUCUUCUUCUUCAUCUUCUUCUUGUUUUGGGGUAUAUUUCAUUAUCUUAGGGAAGGCCUUAAAACCCUAAUUCCUUACUUCCUCCUAUUGUUCAGCUUUAGCUAGCAAAAGUGACAGUAACAGAUAGAUAAUAUAGAACAUAAUUGUUUCAAUUUUUAUAGGAUGGAUAUUUGCUUCAUAUUUCUAAUCAAAAUAUGUUCUGUUUCUU